CCUCCUCCUCCUCCAUCAGAUCCUACCUGCACGCCGAGCUUCACAGAGCUUCAGCUGCCUCUCCCUAAACCUUCUCACCGCUGAGAGAGCUCCACUGACUCGUUUGGAGAAGGAAGAAUUGGCUACGGUGAAGCGAGGAAGGCUGCUGGAGAGCACUGGGUGCUGAAUGAGCGAUUGAGUCAGUGUUUAGCGGUAACCUGGGCUGCGUUUAAUCAUUCCUUCGCGAUAUGUGGGGAAAGUUUACCAACUACACCUUUCUUGUUUGGUGAGCCGGUGGAUUGGAGUCUGGUCUGUAGGUACGUGGAGUUUUUUUUCAGCGUUUUUACCUCGGAUAGCUUGUGGAAGACGAUUCUGAAUGGGAAUGCUGAAUGUGGGAACGCUGAACGCUGGUGCUGGUGCCAUCUCAACAGGCUUGGCUGAUCCAGGAUCAGUGAGGAGGGCUUCCAGCCUGCUGUGCUGGCUCAAGCUGGCUCUGUAGGAGCUGGAGCAGAGCUGAUUUGCCCCCUCAUUAGACUGUUAUCCCUGUUGAGCAGGCUCUCUGAUCUGGACUUGCAGAGUAGAACUGAAGACAUUUCUGUCUACAAUCUCUUUCUAAACGAAGGAGAAGGCUCUGGAGGUUUUGAACUAUAGUAGGCAUCAUUCAUCUGUGGACUUUGGACCUGCAGAGUAGAACUGAAGACUUUUCUGAGGACCUUUCUAAGCAAAUGAAAGGAAAGAAGGUGAUUUUGGACUUCCAACUAGGAACAAUUAGUGUGGACAACUAGGAUCUACACCUAACCCUUCCAAUUAAAGAUAGGGAUUCUGUAGAAUUGUUUUGCUCUUCUUGUCUCUUUGAUCUGUUUCUUUUUCUAGAUGUCCCGAACCAUGAAUUCCUCGAUCUUAGAUUUGCCCAGGCGCCACUAGAGAUCACAUACCACAGAAUCUUUGCAUAGAUUCCUAUCAAAGCAAGGAAUAUGGCCAAAAUUGUCCAGGACAAUCCGAGAGAUGACUUGAGUAAGAUAUCUGAUGAGGAGCUCUUCAGACUUAGCAAGGAUGAACUGGUCAGGAGGCUCCGAAAGGUGGACAGUGAGAAGAUGAGCUUGAUGGUGGAGCAUGGGAAUAUGAUCAAGGAUGUCAACCGCAGGCUGCAGGUUCACCUUCACGAGAUCCGUGGCUUGAAAGAAGUCAACCAGAAACUGCAGGAUGACAACCAGGAGCUGAGGGAGCUUUGCUGCUUCUUGGACGAUGACCGCCAAAAGGGCAAGAAGCUGUCCAGGGAAUGGCAGCGCUUUGGCAGGUACACUGCCAGUGUCAUGUGGAAGGAGGUUGGAGUCUACCAGCAGAAGCUGAAGGAGCUGGAGGCCAACCAGGACACUAUCAUGCGGGAGAAUAUGGAGUUAAAGGAGAUCAUCCUGAUGCUGGAAGAAGAAAGGAGUGGUGCUGGAUCCAGGAGCUCCAUAGACAGCCAGUCCAGUCUCACCAACCUCAACGGAGGCUCCAGUAACAUGAGGGACGUGGGAGAUGGAAGCAGCACCUCCAGCACAGGCAGUGCUGGCAGCCCGGAUCAUCAUCACGGACACAAGCCUGCAGAGGGCAAGAUAACAUCCAUCAGGCGGUCUAUGGAUGACCUGUCAGCCAACCAUCUCCACAGAAGCAUACCCAACGGACUGAACGAUUCAGCUAACUACAUCCGUCAGCUGGAGACAAAAGUCCGGAUUUUAGAGGACGACAACAAGCAGGGGAACAUUGGAGAUCUGAAGACGCUGAGGAAAGGCCUGUCUCUGUAUCACUCCGAGUCCCAGCUCUCUGCUCUGUCCAAGUACCAGGAUGCUCUGCAGAAUGGUACCACCCGCCUCCCCAGCGGAGAAUUAACGUCCCCCAUCUCAAGCUACCUGCCAUCAGCUCAGAAACCUGAGGCUGUGGUUCACGCCAUGAAGGUGCUGGAGGUCCACGAGAACCUGGACAGACAGAUUCCUGAGGACUAUGAGGAGGAUCUGAGUGAGAAGGAGAAAGCUAUCGUCAGGGAGAUGUGUAACGUGGUGUGGCGUAAGCUGGGCGAUGCUGCAGGCUCCAAGCCAUCCGUCCGGCAACAGCUCUCUGGGAAUCAGUUCAAAGGUCCUCUGUAGCUUCCAGCCGACGACCAGAGCUUCACGCUGACCGACCGACCGACCAAUCAGUCUCCGGCCUGAGGGGCUCGGCUCCUCAGCGUUACGCAACAUUCACACGGGCAUCACACUGUCCUGCAGAACUGAGCUCACAGAACCACACGGCUUCAUCCCGCCGGUCCGGAUCCCGCACUCGCCCUUCAGCUGACCUCUCCAUGCUCUGACCACAACACUAAAACACUGAGUUUACUGACAAGCUGUACAGAACGCUGAUAAAACAAGACCAGUCUACAUAUAAAUAAAAUAAUGUGCUCCUAAUUCAGCGUAAUUCAUCCUAAUGCACACUACAGUGCUGCACAGCUAGGCAGCAGCACUGGAACACUGAAAAAAUAUUCAAUCUUUAGUACUAAGCCAGUGCUGCAGUAUUUUAUAAAUAUUUUAGUUUAAUUCUAGUUGCGAAAAUGUUGUUUGGUAUCAAGAAUAUGUGAGUCUUGGUAUCUUAAUCAAAAUUUGAGUAUUGUUAGAAGCCUGAAAAAAUGGGUUAAAAUUCUAAAUUAAAAUAUAAAUGCAUUGAAUUUAUUGGAAUAUUUUAAAUUAGUAAUAUUCAAAAAAACCCUUUGAUAAAUAUUUUAUUCACUUUAUUUACAUUUUAAUGCUUUGUAGACCAGUGUUCUUUAAGGCUUGUUUUUGCCCGACACUAAAAAUGAUAUCUUGGCAAGUGAAAGCUUUAUAAAUUCAUUGUAAAUGUCUAAUAUUUCUCUUUUUUAAGAUUAUUAAAGCAAUGUUAAAGGACUUAACAUAUUUUUAACUUUGUGAUUUAAUCUACUAAAAGUGUUUUUUUUCGUAUUGGCAGAAAAUGUUUCCUAAUUCAGGAAAGUUUGUUGAACGUUACACAAAUUGAGACCAACUGUUGUCUAUCAGAAUAGAGCCAACGAACAAGUCAAAACGCCAGUAAAACAGUAGCUUAGCCCCGCCCACUUCACUAAAGAAAAAAAAUAAUAUUAUAAAAUAAAUAAAUGGCAUAUAAAUGGCAAUAAAUAAAACAGCAGCUCAGGCAUUCGAGCGUGGCAGCACUCUAAAGUCAGCGAGGCAAAGUAACAAGAUCUCAUUUUUUUACUAAAUGUAUACAAUUUAGACACUUUAAUCAUUUUACUGUGUACAAAUGGUUUGUGACAUAAAAAGGUCAAUAUCAAAUAUAACAUAAAAAUGUUAAACACAGGCUUCCAAUACAAUGGACAAUGAAAAUGAAAAAGAAACAAAAUGUAAAAUAUUUGAGUUAAUUGAAUUUAACUGGAUUCCAUAUUAUGGCAUUAUUAUUAUUUUUUUUUGUGCAUUACAGGUAGAAAACAGCAUUUUAUAUAUAUUUUUUCAUCAAUGGAACAUAACUCAGGACUGAAAUGGUUAAAACAAGGGUUAAAAUAGCUACAAAUGAAAUAAGUGGAAUAAGACACUUUCAGUAGAUUAAAUUGCAGUUGAAUAUUCUUUAAAAAAAUUCUGAAAAUGUAGAAAUGAAAAAUGUCAGAUAUUUAAUCUAGAUUUUAAAGGAUUUCACUUGCUAAGAUCUACAUUUUUGCAGUGUAUUAUUUAUGGGCGGAGCCUGGAGAGGUCAAUUUACAGGACCGAUAAAAGCUAUCUGAUCAAAUAAGUAACUGUAUAUCACAAGCUCAUGUUUUAUUAAGCUAUAUGUAUGCAGUAUAUACAGUACCUUGCAGGGUCUCAGGACAGGCAGCUAGUGCGUAUCUCUUCCCCAGUGGACGCCUGCAGCCUCCAGUCUUCAGUCUGAGCACAUAACACUCUUCGUUCUGUGGUCCUGUGCUGACACUCCUGAGCAAAUGUAGCCAUUUCUUCUUAAUCUGAACGCCGGCGGCUUCAGAAGACAGACUGUUCUGAGACAAAAAUUAGAAAAAUACAAGCAUCAUCUGUGAAACAAUAAGAAAAAAGAUCAAAAACAGCAGCCCUCUGUCUCUGUAAUAAGCGAUGAUGAGCACAUUAAUAGUUUUAUGGAGCAUGAAUCACUUCAUCAGACAGCACACACAGCUACAGUUAGUGAAUCGUCCUGUAUAACUCCAUUCAGAGCAAUGUGCUGGAUCUGAUCUCAAACACAGUUCUGUAUGUUUAUCCACUUAAUCUUUAUAAAUAUGUCUUUUGUCAUCUCUUGUGAAAUCUUGAGGGCAUCCUCAGGACUUUUAGAGAAGAAGCCUAAAUGUUAUAAUACUGAAAGCUGUUCCAAGGAAUUUUGUUUUAUACUAAUCUGACAAUCAUAAUAACUAAUAGAAGGUCUUCUAUGUGUCUAUGUGGCCACGAAAAUACAGAGGACAAGUUAAAUGCUGAAGAAACGAAAUGCUGUAUGAGCUCUUAUGGUCUGUCUUAUCUAAACCUGGAUAAGGUGAUCAUCACGUACAUUUAAAAAGCUCUCUUUAAUAAGAGACUAUAAUAGUACUGUUAUAUUAUGGUUUAUAUCGGUCCACAAAUGCUUACCUUUACAGCUACUGUUGGACAAGCUGUUGAACAAAAUUUACAGAACGGUUCGAUUAUUAGCAAAUAACUUAAUACCUUAAUUUUAAUCGCUACAAUAGUGUAAUCCCAUAAGAACUUUUAGCAACGUUUCAAAAAGGUUCUAUCAAGGUUAGCCUGUAAUUUCACAGAAAUAAUGUUCCAGGAACGUUCUAAAUGUGUUCUGAAAAUAUGUUCUGAAAUAUGUAACAUAAUAAUGGCUUACAUUCCCAAAAUAUUGAUACAAGUUAAAUUUCAGCAAUGUUACCAGAACAUUUAAAAAUAGAUUAAAAAUAAAAAAAGCCCAAAAAGGGCCAUCAUGAUGCUCUUUAAUACCUUAAACCAACAGUUUAAGUCUAUUUUCACAGAUAAAAAAACAGCAGUGUUUAGGGGUGUGGUGGUCUAGAAGUGAGGUGUGUUCAGGUGGGAAAUACAGGUGCGCCACUGACUGAUUAAAACCCUGAAAACAGUCAGCCGCCCAAUCCUAUUGCAUAUCCAGCUUUUACAUCAACAAUAAACAGAAUAAAGAAUAAAAUAACAUUGCUGUUCCCUUAAAUGAGCUGCUGAUGUAGCUUCACAGUGUGAACGCACAGGUCAUUAUCCUCUGCUCUACUCAAAAACAAAGCGCCAUGCUGUUAAGAUCCAAACGCGCCAAAGUCAGAGCUCACCUGGCUCUUAAAGAGAUUGACAACUGGCACACGAAUUGGUUUAUUUCAGCUUACGCCCAAAAUUAAAUACACCCAUGAUUCAUUAAGAGAAUUAGUUCAUGUCUUUUGCGCGUUUUAAGCUGUUAACUGUAACAUUCAGAAAACAGUUUACUAAUGAUCUCAGCAAUAGAACAUCAUCUUAUACAUUCUCUUAAAACACAACUAUGGACAUGGCAUGUUUUACUACUGUAAUACUGAGUAUAUUAUUUUAUAUUAUACUAUAUAUAGUAUAUUAUAUUAUUUUUUAAGUCUACAUGUGUAUUUCCAUUAACCCUGGAGUAAAUGUAUCAACAUGUCCAUUCACGUUAAAGAUCUAAGCAGUAGAAAAAUAUCUGGAUAAGCAAGAAAUUGUGGCCCCAGGUGGGUAGCUUAUAAUGUUGUUUUAUUAGACAGCUCUACACAAACAGUGGUGUGAAUUUUCCACUGGGUUAAACAGAACUUUUCCAUGAACUUGUCUAAUCUAGCAACAUUAGCAGAUAAAAGUAUGCAUUUGUGGACUGAACAUGAUAAAAGAAUGGUAGAUUAAGUAAAGGCACUGUGUAAACACUCCACUCUCUGUAAGGGAUCUGUAAUAGAGACGCAAGUAGAACCACUUCAGUUUGGGUUUGGUCCUAAAGAGACUUCAGAACCAGACUUCUGACCCAAUUCCAUGUGUGACUCAUAUCUGAGAUAUUGCCAAGUGUUGCCAACAUUAUCUGGAGGCAUAUAGAGCUUAGUUCAUCAUCUUGCCAGAGUUUAGUUUGAAGAUUUAACUCUGCUGCUUAGGCCUAGAUUGAAAGACCAUUAGGCAGAAGUCUUAUUGUGUAUCAUUGCAGUCCUGUCAAAAAAAAUGUAUCUCUAUUUUGAACAUUUUCACUUAAUGUGCCAGUUAAUCUUUAUAUUUCCACCAAAUUUCAUGAUGAAUGGACCAGUAGAAUAGGUCCAAAAUGUCUUGAAAUUAAAUGGUUUUGCAUUGACCUCCAUUGAAAGUUAGGAAGGUUUUUACCUUCUCCUGAAAAUUUGCCAUUUCAGAGAUACAGUUUUUUUCUUGUGCGAUUGCAAAGAUACUGUGUGUACAUGACAUAUGAAGAAGCUCUAUACACAGUCUUGUGUAUGUAUGUAAGGUCUUUAGAUGAGGAACUGUGCAGGAAGUAAGGUAUCUUUACUGAACUCUGUACUAUGAAUGUGUACUACGUAUGAUCCCUUAGGUGCAUACCGUCGCUGUCGUAUUAAAAACCUUGGUCAUCGGAGUUUGUAAACAUAUUUUUUAAAGAAGCAGUCUGUAAGAUUUGGGAGUUUGGGGAUUUAGAGCCCUCUUUGGGAAGAAUGUGUAACUGCACCAAGCUUGUAGAAGAGUUCUUUUAAAAACGUGUGUUGUGGUGCAGUUUCCUGUUUAUCUUGCCAGCUCCUUUCAGUCUCAUUCUGCUUAUUCUUUCUUCGAUUUAACGAUACAUGAGUGAUAAAGAGCAGAAAAAAAUACUCAAUUUAAGGUUCUGAUAUCUCCACGUUUGCAGUAUCUCUUAUCAGCACCAUAAGAAGCACUGUUGAGUGUUGUUGCUCAGAUAACCAGCAAAAGCUGUUGGAAAGUCACGUGACAUGGCUAAAAAAAACGAAAAAACAAAGCUCUGGAAACAAUUAAAAGACCGCUUCAGUUUCUCUGAUUUUGCUAUUUAUAGGUUUAUUUUUGAGUAAAAUGAACAUUGUUGUUUUAUUCUAUAAAUCACGGACAACAUUUCUCCCAAAUUCCAAAUACAAAUAUUGUCAUUUAGAGCAUUUAUUUGCAGAAAAUGAUAAAUGGCUGAAAUAAAUGCAGAGAUUUUCGACCUCAAAUAAUAGAAAGAAAACAAGUUCAUAUUCAUAAAGUUUUAAUAGUUCAGAAAUCAAUAUUUGGUGGAAUAAUCCUGUUUUUUAAACACAGUUUUCAUGCAUCUUGGCAUCAUGUUCUCCUCCACCAGUCUUACACACUGCUUUUGGAUAAUUUUAUGCCACUCCUGGUGGAGGUUUUCUAUUUGGUAAAAUAAAAAUAAAAACUCAUCAUUUUUAAGUGGUUUCUUACUUUUUUCCAGAGCUGUAUUUGGGUUUGCAGGAAUGGUAGCAGAUGCACAUUAAUAUUUAUUUUUUUAAAACUACUGCUUUCAAUUUAAACAAAGAAAUCUUAACGUCAAUCUACUUUAAGCAAUUCCUAGCAAUUGGACCAAAAUAAAAAAGGGUCUAAAUCCAAAACAGACUGAAAAACAUGGAUUAAAUGCACUUAAGCAUUUAAGAAGCGUGUUCCCCAUAAAAAAAAGGUAACAUUUCCAAGGUUUUGUUACGACAGUGACACCAUGCAAGACUUAGAACUGCCAAAAAGAUAUUUGCUGCAUUCAUGCCAAUCACUUGUGAACAGUUUAAAUACGUGGUCACAUGCUUUCACUGUCAAAUGAGUCUCUUCAGGCUUAAAUAACAUAAUAUUUGCCCAUGCUCUGAUUGAUUUGCUAGGCACAUCAACAAGCUAGGGCUAACGCCAUCAGUAGCAGCUCACAUUAAAAAUGUAUAUAUUAAUAAUGACCACUGUCUCAGAGGAGGUUUUAGCCAAGUGAGCAUGUAUACAGUUCUUAUUAAAAUUUUACUGAUCUGAUAAGCCAUAAUUUUGUAUUUUAUUACGUCAAAUCAGAAAAGUGUUUUGGUGUCUUUUGAAACCUCUGACUAGACUUUUUUGACACGUUUGUUUCUAAAGGCACGUUAUCUGUGCUGAUCUAAACCCAGCUGUCCACCAACGUCUAUAGAUGUUGAAGUUUCUGGUUGAAUAUUCUGGUUAUAACCUCAGGUGCACGAAAUUCAAUGUCAGGACAAUGUCUAGUACCAAUGUCUUAUACUAAUGUUCAAUGAGACGUAGAAUAAGGUCAAAAGUUGAUGUUGAUACUUGGUUUUUAGUUGUGUUGUCAAGUACAAUAUAAAAUCCAACGUCUUCCAAACGUCACAUACCGAUCUAAUAUUGAUGUAAAAUAAGAACAUUUCCUUUUUUACAACGUCUGCUAAACAUUAUGUUGUUAACAUUCACACAACAUUGUUAAGUCUAACAUUUAAUUGGGUUUUGACGUCAAUUCAACCUUCAAUUUCAACCCAAGUUCAACGUUUGUACAAUGUUCUGUUUUGCUGUCAGUCCUAUUACAACUUUUAGCUAAAAUUCAACAUCAUUUGCAUUUUUCAUCAACCCAAUUUUCAUUUUCUAAAAGAAUUUAACAUCUGUACAAUGUUACAUUUUGAUGUUAAAUAGAUAUUCAUUUAACAUUUUUUUGGUCUAAACCUGUUUUUACUUUUUACUAAAAUGUAACGUCUGUACAAAUUUGGGUUUUGACUAAACCCAACUUUUAUUUUAACGAGAAUUUAACAUUUGUACAAUGUUGAGUUUAGAUGUCAACCUCGCUUUCAUUCAAUCAGAAUUCAAAAUCUGUGCAAUAUUAGGUUUAAUUUUAAUAAUAUGAUUAUCUUUACAGCUUUAGGAUUCGAACCAGAUUUUUAUUUAUUUUUUUGUACUUUUUAACCAAAAUUCACCUUCUGUCUGACGUUGGAGUCCAAUGACUUUCUGAUGUCAAAUUGACGUCAGAAUGGUGCCCGCUGGGAAGUCACUCACAUUCUUAUUGGAUGGAUUUAGUUGGUUUGUUAAUGACCUGGGAUGCAGCAGGUGGCUUUUAGCAGUCUGUGUGUAAAUUACAUCGGUAUUAUAAAAUAUGAAUAAUAUGAUUUUUUUUUUAAUGUCUGAUAUGUGUAUAAACAAAAUGAGCAGCAAUCAUUUGAAAACAGAAAGAUGAAAAUUGUUUAUAUUUGAUAUUUCUGUGAAAAUAAGGAUACCGGUUGGACUGAGGUUAGCUAAAGUGCGUACUGUUGUUAAUACGGUAUACUCUGUGAUUGGACCUGAAGGGUUUUAAGGUGAACGCAUGGUGAUCGUACGAGAUCAUGUGAAUAAGUGUGCGGGUACGAGCGCACUCAUUCGCUCUUAAAACUAUUUUUCACAAGAAAAAAAGUGUCCUUUGUAAACAUGUAGUCUAAACUACUGACUUUUUAUAUUUGUUAAUCUGAAGAAGAAAAAAAAGCACAAAAGAAAAUCACUAACUGAUAUUUUCCUAACGUUUAUUUCAAAUGCACUGCUUCUUUUGUGAAUGAGGAGUCACUGUGGCGUCUGUAAUUAAACUCAGUGUUGUAGUGUGUCUAUAUGUGUGAGACAUGAGCAAGCCGCUGUAUUUCUAGGAGAUGCUGUGUAAAUACACCUUCCUGUAGAAUAUCUGUAACUAGCAUGCGUUUAUAUAUUAUUAUUUUUUUUGUUUUUCAUAAACUGUAUGUAUGUAGGUGAGGAAUGACCAGUAUUUUAGAAGAUGAAACUGUCAAAAUGAAAUUUAAUGGACCUCCUGUAGAUGAUUUCAAAUAAAAAUCAACACUCUUUGUA